AUGCAAUACAAACUUCGUCAAAGUAAACGCCCGAUUCACUCAGGUUAUGCUUUUUCGCAGGAAGCAGGUUGGAAUCAACUAAUUAAUUCUGAACUAAUGCAAUCAAAAUCUAGUUCAUCUCCUCGACCAGCAUCACAAACCACAAAUGUAAGUACAAGUGAAAUUUUAGUUUAUAUGUCUCUUUUUCCACCUUUAUUGGUGAAUACAAGUUUAGAAUAG